AAACUGAUUCCCCCUUUGAUAGUGUAGCUGCCCUGCGCACAACCUCUGCGCAGUAGAAACACAUGUGGGUACGGCUUAGGAGAUUUUCGUGCAGUAUUAGGAUCUGAGCCAAUAUGAGCAAGGAAAAGCUUGGAGACCUGGCCGGCAGGAUGGGGAAAGCCCCCAAGGGCCUGGGGACGGGGAUGAAGCUACUGGCGGCCGCUGCUGCACUUGGCUACGGUGUACAACAGGCCAUGUAUACAGUGGAUGGUGGUCACCGUGCUAUCAUCUUCAGUAGGAUAGGAGGUAUACAGGACAGCAUUUACACUGAGGGACUCCACUUCAGAAUUCCCUGGUUCCAGUAUCCCAUCAUAUAUGACAUCCGCAGCAGACCACGUAUUAUAUCAUCCCCCACUGGCAGCAAGGAUUUGCAGAUGGUGCAGAUUUCCCUCCGUGUUUUGCACCGCCCCAAUGCCAUGACGCUUCCACGCAUGUACCAACAUCUGGGAUUGGACUAUGAUGAGAGGUUGCUCCCGUCCAUUGCCAAUGAGGUUCUGAAGAGUGUUGUGGCCAAGUUCAAUGCAUCUCAGCUCAUCACACAGCGUCAACAGGUGAGUCUUUUGGUUAGAAGGGAGCUUACAGAGAGAGCAAAGGACUUCAAUGUCAUCCUGGAUGAUGUGGCCAUCACUGAACUGUCCUUCGGCAAGGAGUACACUGCUGCUGUGGAGGCCAAGCAAGUUGCUCAGCAGGAGGCGCAGCGUGCACAGUUUAUUGUGGAGAAGGCCAAGCAGGAGCGUCAACAGAAGGUUGUCCAGGCGGAGGGUGAAGCCCAGGCUGCAAAGAUGAUCGGCCAGGCUAUUUCUCAGAACCCUGGGUACCUCAAGCUGCGAAGGAUCAGAGCAGCUCAAAGUAUCGCCAGAACAAUUUCCCAGUCCCAGAACCGAGUGUACCUGAACGCUUCCUCUCUCAUGCUGAACCUCGGAGAGGAGGACCUGAAGGCCUCUGCCGAAGGCUUAAAGAUGAAGUAAUCAGACUUCAGCCUGGCCACAUCUGUAUACAGAUUCCCAUUCCUGAGUUCUACAUUUAUUAAGCUUUAGGCAGAAUUAUUGUAUGAAGUCCCCAAUACUGAUAAUGUACUAAUACCAUUAGACAUAGUGAGAUGUACAUUGCAAACGUUUGCUACACUAUUGCUGUAUCAUGCUUUAUGUCCUUCAGUUGAUCAUGCUAAGUUCUCAACUCAUGACAGAAUAUAAUGGAUUUUUGCAUCAUUGACGUUAUGACUACUUCAUAUCUUAAAGCGUGACCUUGACGUAACAAAGAAUUGGAGACUGAAGUCAUACUCUUUGUGUCAAAGGAAAUUUUGCAAUGUCUAGUCUAUGGGUGACAUUAGUGACGUAAAGACUUACCAGUCAGAGAGAAUAUUGUAUUAGAUAUAUUCCUGAAUGAAGUUUACGAAGUUACCGGUACUACAAGUCAACAGAGGCUUUGUGACAACUUGUGUGGGUCAAAAUCAUGAAUAAACCUUGCCGUUGAGACUAUGUU